UUUGCCAACGAAUGCGAUCGCGCGUCCGACAUUGACCCUACAAGGUCUUGGAUUGAAAUCGACCAAUGGCGAGCCGCUGCCGACAGCGAAUGGCGUUGCCCCGACAGCGGAUGAACCGCCGUCGACACCUCGGAUCGACAAAGGGAAGGCGCGCGCUGUUCCGGAGCCGGAAGAACCGGAGAAGGUUCUCAGCCCGACUAAGCUGCUUAUGGGUCAAGGCGACGAAGAUGUUGACAGCGAAGGUCCGUUGCAUGUGGAGGAAUCCGAGCCAGGUUCGCCGACGACCAGGUAAGUUGGGACGAUGUUAUCACUGCAAGUUACUUCCAGCGAUUGAAUCCACUUGCAGCCGAUCGAAGAGCUGGGUUGA